AUGAACGAUCGACCCUCAAUCUUCGAUGCUGCGUCACUCGGAGAACCAGUCAUUGUUCGUUCUCGUACUUCUGACACGUAUACGUUCGCGUUGUCUGGCGAAGCAACAGGUAAAACUCCAAUAACAGUGACCUGCACCGAACCUGUUGACCUACGAUCUUCACUAGAUGAAGGCUUUAGACAGCAAGUACCUUUAUUUAAGAAUUCUACAUUCUUCUAUUCCAAAAAGCUUCAUGAUGCGAGCGAUUCCGGAAAUAAGCCAAGCACAUUGAAAUCGGCGCCACAUUUCACUACUCCUCUCGAGGCAUAUAGCAGAGUUGCUGAACAGGUCGGACAUAACCUCUACAAGUCCUAUGACAUAUUUGAUGAUGCCAUCAAACAUCCAUCAACAAUCCCUCAUUACCAACACAGUCAGAAUGAUUUGCUCAAAGCCAGAGAUAUUUCAAUGAACAACAUACGUUCUUUUAUAUCUUUUGAUGAAAAAGAAUUCAACGAUAUAUCUAGAGAAAAUGAACAGUCCCACGAUCGCCUACUAACAGCUGUCGAUGCUGCUCAUGAUAGCGGAGAUUUGUCCGAUAAUUUAUGGAAAGCCUACAAAGACUUCGUUCGAGUGGAUCAUAAUACUCGAAAAACCCGGAGUGAAAUGUCCCACUACAAGAAUCACCAACGGCUUUUCAAGAGAAUCGGGUCAGAGCGCGAAAGAGCCUCGAUUGGACAAACAGUGCACAGACAUGCUGAAAUCCACAGGGCCGCUACAGAAGGCACCUGGAGGAACAGUUGGGAUGAAUUGGCAUCUAUCACAGGCGAAAAAUGGGAAUACAAUCAAGGAUUGCAGGCGCUCUUAGCUAUCUUCGGAAUUUCCACGGAGGGAACAGAAUCAUCCACGGCAAAUGAACAUAUUUAG